GACACAGGCUGCGCCACCGGAAGUACAGACAGCGGCAGCCGGAAGUAGGAAAUCUGCUCGGUCAAAACCGGCGACAACGAACCGGAGCCGCGGGGUUAAGACAUGGCGGCUCUCGGCUGCAGAAACGUGAAAUUGUCCAAAGAACAGAAAAAAUUACUGAGGAAACAAGUGAAAGCGCAACACAUCCUCCUGAAACAAGACGGCAUCGCAACGGUGUCUGGACCGACUAAACACUUGGUUAUAGCCAAUGGUGGUCUGGGCAAUGGUGUCAACCGACAGCAGCUGAGUGAAGUAUUACAAAAGUUUGGAACAGUUGAGACCCUUUUGAUGCUUCCUCAUAAACCACAUGCAUUUGCGACAUAUAGUACAAUUCAAGAAGCCAGGGAGGCAUACAGUGCUCUUAAUGGACAAAACUUAAAGAUUGCUGGAAAUACACAACCUAUCACUUUGUAUCUGAACUUUGUGGAGGAAAUUGUUAGUGAAGACGUUUCUCCUUUGAGCCCACCGCCAGGCCUUCUGGUAGUCGAAGACAUUAUUUCCCCUGAAUAUGAGAAGAUGCUUUUGGCAUUUGUAGAUGGAAGCCCAAAUGCAACAAUGGAAAAUGCCCAGAAAUCUCUGAAACAUCGACGAGUAAAGCACUAUGGCUAUGAAUUUCGUUAUGACAACAAUAAUAUAGAUAAGAACAAGCCUCUACCAGGAGGUCUUCCUGAAAUUUGUGAUGAGGUUUUAGAACAAUCCAUGGAAAAAGGAUAUGUAAAAUUUAAACCUGAUCAACUUACCAUAAAUCAAUAUGAGCCUGGACAAGGGAUUCCUCCCCACAUUGACACUCAUUCACCAUUUGAGGAUGGGAUCAUCUGUCUGAGCCUUGGAGCAGAGACAGUGAUGGAUUUUAAGCAUCCAAAUGGCCACAGUGUCGCUGUGUUGUUGCCCCGUCGUAGUCUGCUGGUGAUGUCCGGCGAAUCCAGAUACCUUUGGAGUCAUGGAAUUAUACCUCGAAAGUUUGAUGUGGUACCAGCGUCAGAGAUGCAAAAGACUGGAACCAUCAUUGGUGACACGAGUAACUUGACCUUAAACAAAAGAGGAACGAGGACAAGUUUUACCUUUCGAAAAGUCAGAACGACACCCUGUGAUUGUGCUUACCCAGAAGUCUGUGACAGUCAGAAUAGUCGCAAGUGCAGGGAUCCCUCACCAUCAGUCCCAAGUAGUGAUGGGGAUGCAUCAAAGCUUGAGCACAAGUAUGUGCAUGAUGUCUAUGAUGAGAUUGCUGGGCACUUCAGCAGUACCAGACACACCCCGUGGCCUAAGGUGACUGAAUUCCUGAAAGCACUGCCAGCUGGAGCUUUUGUGAUUGAUGUUGGUUGUGGAAAUGGCAAAUACCUCAGUGUGAACAAGGAGGUAUUCAUGGUGGGCUGUGAUCAUAGCAAAAAUCUUGUUCAUAUUUGCAGAGAGAGAGAAUUUGAGGUCUUCAUCUGUGAUGGCUUGCUUGUGCCCAUGAGGAGUGGUGUUUGUGAUGCCUGUAUAUCUAUAGCAGUUGUUCAUCACUUUUCAACAGAGGGAAGAAGGCUGUCAGCCAUCAAAGAGAUUGCAAGACUUCUACGACCAGGAGGCAAGGCACUUAUUUACGUUUGGGCAAUGGAGCAGGAACGUAACAAAGUAAAAUCUAAAUACCUCAUGGAAAAAAAAGAAAAAACAAUCAAAACACGAGAAAAUUGCACCGCAAUGCCAAUAGUGGGUGAAGACCAAGAAGGCGAUAAAGUGGACUUGGUUUGUUUCAAUCAGUUGGCAAAUGUUGAUGAAGACACAGUAAAUAAACAAAACAGUGCAAAGCUGCCUGUUCACACAAAUAGAACCUCCUUUGAGUCACAGGAUUUGCUUGUUCCUUGGCAUUUGAAAGCUGGAGUUAAAGCUGAUAGUGUCUCACCACUGCCACCUACUGAGCCCAAAGAACUUGCAGUUUUCCAUCGCUACUAUCAUGUUUUCUCUGAUGGAGAAUUAGAAAACAUAUGUAGAAGUAUAUCUAAUAUUAGGAUCGUGCAAAGUUAUUAUGAUCAAGGGAACUGGUGUGUGAUAAUUGAAAAAUACUAAAAUGUUCUAAAUGGCUAUUAUGUACUUGUAACUCAAGUUUAGAUUUUAUUUUGAAAUUUGUUUUGCAUAUGGAAACAUAUAUUGUAAUAGCAGCAUGUAGUUUUAAAUAAAAGUUUAUGCUUAAUAAA